UGCUUAGCACAAUAGUUCAGUGUUGCAAAGCGCUUGUAUUAGUGGGAAAGAAGAAGAGUCAGCGACGCGUGCAAAACACGCCGGAUUUGUAUUAUUUUAUUAGUAACAACACAGAAAACCCAUAAUGGAUGAUGCAGACUACGAUAAUGAUGACGUUGGCGGUGACGACUUCGAUGAUGUUGACGAGGACGUGGAUGAGGACAUUAACCAGGAAGAGGAGGCGGAUAACAUCGAGAUCAUAGCCCCUGGAGGAGCGGGUGGCGGAGGUGUUCCCAAGUCCAAGCGAAUUACCACGAAGUACAUGACGAAAUAUGAGCGCGCCAGAGUUCUUGGCACACGAGCUCUUCAGAUCGCUAUGUGCGCUCCCAUUAUGGUGGAACUGGACGGGGAGACGGAUCCUCUGCAGAUAGCCAUGAAGGAACUCAAGCAGAAGAAGAUCCCCAUUAUCAUCCGCCGAUACCUGCCGGAUCACUCCUACGAGGACUGGAGCAUCGACGAACUGAUCAUGGUGGACAAUUAGCUAAUAGACAAUUAACUACACAUAAUGAAAUAUACAGACUAAGAUUAAGAA